AUGGCAACAAAUAGGUUUAUAUGCGAGGUGUGCAAUAAAGGGUUCCAAAGGGAGCAAAACCUACAGCUUCACAGAAGAGGACACAACCUUCCUUGGAAGUUAAAACAGAAGAGUACAAAAGAGCCAAAAAGAAAGGUUUAUCUUUGUCCCGAGCCCACCUGCGUCCAUCAUGAUCCUUCAAGGGCUUUGGGUGACCUCACUGGGAUUAAGAAACACUACUCUCGCAAGCAUGGCGAGAAGAAGUGGAAAUGUGAAAAGUGCUCAAAGAAAUAUGCUGUUCAAUCUGAUUGGAAAGCACAUUCUAAGACUUGUGGCACUAGAGAAUACAGAUGUGACUGUGGCACUCUCUUCUCUAGGCGUGACAGUUUCAUCACUCAUAGGGCAUUCUGUGAUGCGCUAGCACAAGAAAGUGCAAGAUACCCCAGUGGCUUAAACCCCUUGGGGAGUCAUUUGUUUGGCACAAACCACACUACUUUAACCCUAUCCCAAGUGGGUACCCAACUUUCCCAAGUUCAAAAUCAGAACCAAACAACCACUAACAGCAUCUUGCACCUUGGCAGUGUUGGUGCAGCUGCAAAGUUUGAGCACCUGAUUCCACCUCCAAAUCAUUCUUCAUUUGGGCACUCACCACAAUCAAUGCAUUCCUCAGCUUUCUUCAUGAAUGAUAACGCCAAUCCAACAUUAUUUGAAGAACACCAAUCACAACAAGGAUCACUGUUCUCAAGCAAACAACUAAAUGGCCUAAUUCAGCUCACUGAUCUUCAUGGAAACAACACCAACUCCGAUUCUUCACCAGUUGCUGCUCCUAAUUCCAGUCUUUUCAACCUCGGCUUCUUCCCAAGUAGCAAUAGCACUAGCACCAUUAUCCCUGAUCAAUUCAACAACAUAAAUGGUAGUGGCCAAGGAACAACAACACCACCACUCUAUGUUAACCCUGCAGUAAGUGAUCACGUUGGUUCAAGUUUUUCAUCGCUCUUUGGUGAUUCAAUAGAAAACGUGUCAUCGGCUCAUAUGUCUGCCACUGUGUUGCUUCAAAAGGCUUCUCAAAUGGGUCCGACCACAACCACCAGCGGUUCUUCUUUACUUAGAGAAAUGUUUAACAAUGGUUACAAAGUUGAAAAUGUUGACCACCACCACAAUCUUCAAGGGUUGAUGAACUCUAUUGCCAAUGGAAACACGUCCUUGUUUAGGAACAUGCAAGGGAACGACAACAACCUUUGUGGGUUUCAAAACGUGGAUGAGUCCAACAAUAAGUUGCCCCAGAAUCUUAACGUAAACUUUGGAGGUUCUGAUAAGUUGACCCUAGACUUUUUGGGUGUCGGAGGAAUGGUGAGAAAUAUGAACGGUGGAUUUUCACAGAGAGAACGACUACAACAACCACGUGUCAUGACUACUAUGAGUUCGUUGGACCAUGACCUGAAGUCAGCACAGCCAAAUCAUCAUUUUGGAAAGUCAACUUUGCUAUAA